GACGACGAGGUCUACCGGAGGAGAAAAGGGAGAGGAGAAGAGAGAGGAGAAGAGAGAGGAGAAGAGUGGAGAAGAGAGAGGGGAGAAGAGAGACGGGAGAAGAGAGAGGGGAGAAGAGGAGGCAGAGAGUACGAGAAGGAGGGAAAUGGAAUCUGUUGAUGUGCUCAUGAUUGGCGCCGGGGAGUACACGACUGGGUUUGUUCGCGGUCAGCACGGCGCCGCAAGCGACAAACCCGCCGGUGUGAUAGCGGUGACCUUGAUUGAUUUGCGGCGGCGCGGACUCGUCAAUCGCCUGGCUCUGUGUAACUCGACCGGUCUGGAGUUCAAACCCAUCAGAGAGCAGCUGCGGACGAAGAUUGCUGACGUCUACAAAAACAUGGAUGUCAGCUUAGCGACGUUUCCUCCAGAUGACGUGGAGCUCGACCCUCUUGCUUAUCAGGCGGCCAUCAAGACGAUGAAGAAAGGCGAUGCUGUGACCAUCUUCACACCAGAUGACACUCACUUCGACAUGGCUAUGGCCGCCAUCGAGAGCGGGUUACACGUGUUGCUUGCCAAACCGGCCGUGAAGACUCUGGAUCAACACCGAAGGCUCUGCGAGGCGGCAAGAUCCCGAUCGGUACUUGUCGCGGUCGAAUACCAUAAGCGAUUUGACAUAGUAUAUGCAGAUGCCAAAGAGCGCAUUAGGAGCGAGCUGGGAGGGUUCUCCUUCUUCUCAAGCACCAUGACUCAGCCGAAGAAGCAACUGCACACAUUCGCAGGAUGGGCGGGAAAGAGCUCCGAUAUAUCUUACUAUUUGAAUUCUCAUCAUAUCGAUGUCCAUGCGUGGGCAGUGGGAGAGGAGUCCCGACCUGAGGAGGUGGUGGCUAUGGCGUCCGAUGGCGUUGCUAAUCGUAUGAUUGACAGAGAGGUGGAAGACACAAUCACGCUGAUGGUACAGUGGAGGAGCAAAGAUGGGUCCAAAGGGACCGCAUUAUAUACUGCUAGUUGGAUUUCCCCGUUGGGGGAUUGCCACACGCAGCAGUACUUUCACUACAUGGGACAGAAGGGAGAGCUUAGAGUAGAUCAAGCGCACAGGGGCUACACGCACGCCAUGGAUGGACAUGGCUUCUCGUCUCUCAAUCCGCUGUAUAUGAGGUACAAGCCGGACGCUAAGGGUUUCUUCGCUGGACAAAUGGGGUAUGGGUACCGAAGUGUGGAAAAGUUUGUAGAAACAGUGAGAGAUCUGAACUCAGGAAAGAAGUCCUUCGCCGAUGUGGAAGAUGAGGGUGUGCUCGCUACAAUCCAUGGCGGCAUGAAGGUCACUGCCAUCCUUGAAGCCGGCAGGGUUAGCCUAGAUAACUCCGGCCGACCUGUUGCGAUCCACUACGACGACGAGGGAGCUCCUAUCGCCGUCUCAGUGUGCUAGAUCCACCAACGUACCUUCUCUCUGCGUGCGGCCGUGUUGCCUCUGGUGUGUUGCCUGGUGCUUCACAGGGUUGCUGCCCGCUGCUAUGUUCCUCUUGGGGACAGUUUGCCUUCAACAAGGGUCAAAGGGUGUAUGACCCAAACCAUCAAAUACAGGGAUUCCGCAGAUUGUCGAGGGUUCAGCCUCCUGAUGAGUCGGUGCAACUCCGACGAAACAAUCUAUCAUCAGUUUUAUUUUUUUCAGUCUUUGCUUUGUUUUUACUUGUAUUUUUUUCAAUCUUUGCUUUGUGUAUACUUGUAUUUUUUUCAGGUGUUGUUUUUGAAUUGUUGUCGUUUGUCUUGCUGUUGUUUCCCUCACUGCCUUACGUUGUUUGCUUGCCCAUCUGUCUACCCCAUGCCUUUCACCCAGUGUGCUUUGUUGUUUUGUGCUGUCUCCACUGCUCAGUGGGUGGUGGCAACCAACAGUCUUCGAGGUUCAAUCGUGAUGUGCGUAGGUCAUGUGCUGCUUUGCUCCGUGCCCUCCAGCCCUUGCUCUUUGUCGUUGCCUGGUGUCACAUGCCUUUUCCUUCGUCGUCUUUUAUUUGCCUUCCCCUAGUACUUGCUCUGUACUGUUUGUUUGCCUGCCCGCCUCCCCCUUUCCCUCCCAGCCUGUGUGACAUGAAGUCGUUAUUUGCCUUGGUGUUUCGUUGUAUACGUUGUUGCUGGUUGUCAGUUGCUUUGUCUUAUUGGACUAUUGUUUAUGUCUCAUGGCUUAGUGCCCUCGGGCUCUAGUCCUUGUGUCUUAGUAGGGUUGGUGAAUGAUAGAGGCUGCUGCAUGCCAUGGUCACGGUACAAGGGGUAAUAAGGACCCAGUAGUGUUCAGAUGCUCGAACGGUCCCGGUGUGGGUGAUGCAAAGGCUUGCUGUAUGGGUCUUCCUAAAAUGGUGUGAAGAGCUCCACGUACCCUGAACGCAACUCGCCUCGAUUUGCGUGGUGGUAGCGUUAAUGGUUAGUUAAACACACGCACACACUCACUCACUCAAAACCUCCUGAUGAGCUGGUGCAAGUCCGAUGAAACUGUCUGGCACAAUCAUGCUUUUUCUUGUGGAGUUGUGUACAGUGAACAUGACAACACACACAUUGUCUAUUUGUUUUUCCGUCCCCCGUGCUCUCCCUGUACUCUCAUCAGUGUCCAAGUGCAGCACCUUUAAG